AAAUUUCCCAGAGAAAACUCAAUUUGAUCUAGUUAAUCUCGAUUCAUCGCAAAGGUCAUGCAAAAUAUUUGAAAAAUAUUGGUCGUCGUUUAGUGCAAUUAGAGGAGACAAAAGGACAAGGCCACCACACUCGGCCGAGUUUGGAGGUGACGUAAUGCUAUAAUUAUCGGAUUUGCUCGAUGAAGCAAAUAAAACUUCAUUGUGAGAGGGAAUAAAUGACAGAUCGGCGGCCCUGCCAGUCAUAGCGCCAUUCUGCCAGCUCCGAGUGCGCUGCCCUCCGUCGCAGAGAGGAAAACAUCGGAACGUAGUUCGUGGUUCAAGUUGACCGACCGCGAAGACUGAGGGUGUACCUGUUUGCGAUCAUCUUGUCCGGCGAAAGUGGUCCGAAGAUAACCGAGAAUCCUCGACGGUGACGAUGCAGACCCAUCGGGCAGCCGUCCUGCUGUGGGGACUGGUGGUUAUCCAGCUGCUGUGCCACCAGGCAGCCGCACAGGGGGGCGAAGAUCCUGAUCAUGACAAGAACCUAACCCCAGAGGAAGACCCUGUCCCCUACUCCGGCGCGGCACCAGGCGAGGCGGACCCGCACGGCCAAGCGGUGGACAAAACCGAGGGAACCACACCCGUGGCGUUCGAGAAGGGCGAGGUGGAGACCUUACAGCUCGGCAAACCUGUGGACGGGUAUGCUCCGUCAACUGGAAACAAAGCCCCUCCUUCAGGACACAAGCUGCUGCUGGUGGCAGAUUCAACGGACAGAUCCAUCACUCGGCUGACUACAGAAGAUGAUAACUCCUUUCAGUGGGCCCGUUACAACAUCGGCAACGGAACAAACAGGCCGAUAGCUGUGGAGUACGACCGAGCGAGUGAUUUCAUCUAUUGGACCACUGUGAACGGAGCGAAUAGUGCAGUAGCCCGUACCCCCUACGAGCCUGGACCGGGACAAAGACUUGAUGGGCAGAUGGCAUUAGUUCCUGACGGCAUCGCAGUGGACGUGAUCUCCCGGAACCUGUACUGGACAGACACCGGGAUAGACAAGAUCAUCGUCUCCCGGCUGGACGGCAGCUUCAGGAAGAACCUCAUCACCACGGGGCUGGACGAGCCCAGGGCGAUCGUAGUGGACCCCAACGCUGGUUACAUGUACUGGACUGACUGGGGAGGAUCAGCUAAGAUUGAGCGUGCGGCGUUGGACGGCACCCAGAGGUCUGUCAUUGUCAACGUAGGAGUAGGCCAAUGGCCCAACGGCCUUGCCUUGGACAAAGCAGCAAACCGGCUGUACUGGUGUAACGGCGCUACUGGUCAGAUCUGGACCUCCGGAGUGACCGGCAGCAACCCAGGCCCAACCCAGCUGUUCACACACAACAACGCGCACGUGUUCGGCAUGGCUGUGGACGAGACAUACCUCUACUGGACAGCAUGGAAUGUACCAGGCAUUCACAGGAUCGGCAAGAAUCUGCAAGGGUACGUCAACCUCAACAUUCCACACUUUCAAAAGCUUCACGACAUCCACGUCAGGACAACGGCAAACACACCAACUCAACCGAACGCCUGCUCGGCGUCUAACGGAAACUGUACUCAGUUGUGUCUCCCCGUCCCCGGCGGAGGGCGGACCUGCGCGUGUCAGGACGGAUGGAGCCUUGGGUCGGACGGACGAACCUGUGUUUCCGCUGCCUGUCUGCCCAAUCCGUGCCAAAACGGCGGCAAGUGCGUCGGUCAGCCACAGAGCAGUUCUUUGACUCUCACAGCGUACACUUGUACCUGUCCGCCUGGCUUCAGUGGACCCCGCUGUGAGACCAAUGACGAUGACUGCCGUCCUACAAAUCCGUGUCAAAAUGGUGGCCAGUGUGUCGAUGGGAUCAACACUUUCACAUGUAGGUGCCUGUCUGGCUUCAGUGGAAACCGCUGUGAGACCAACAUCAACGACUGCCCUUCUACCAACCCAUGUCAGAAUGGCGGCCAAUGCGUCGACGGCAUCAACUCUUACACAUGUAGGUGUACCACUGGCUUCAGUGGAGACCGCUGUCAGACCAACAUCAACGACUGUCCUUCUCCAAACCCAUGUCAAAAUGGCGGCCAAUGUGUCGAUGGGAUCAACACUUUCACAUGUCGCUGUGCAAAUGGCUUCAGUGGAUCCAGAUGUCAGACCAACAUCAACGACUGUCCUUCUCCCAACCCAUGUCAGAAUGGCGGCCAAUGCGUCGAUGGGAUCAACUCCUACACAUGUCGCUGUGCCACAGGCUUCAGUGGAAACCGCUGUGAGACCAAUGGCGAUAACUGCCCUUCUCCCAACCCAUGUCAGAAUGGCGGCCAGUGUGUCGAUGGGAUCAACUCCUACACCUGUAGGUGUCCUGACGGCUUUUGGGGAGCACACUGCGAAAUUGCCCCAACGACAGCACAAACUACAUGGGCAACAAAAAGUGUGUGUGAACCUGGGUGGUUCCACCACGAGGGAACGUGCUACUGCCUCCUCACGAGCCCGUCCACCUACAGCGAGGCCGUGCGCUCCUGCGCUGACCUGGACCUGUACGGGCGUCUGGCCGUAGUGAAGCGGCCCAGCACGCACCAGUUCCUGCUCGACUAUGUCGAGGGCGAAGGUGGCGGUUCCCCGUGGAUAGGCAUCGACGAUGGCGCCACAGAGGGCGUUUGGAAGUACGUCGACGGCGAUCUUGUCAGCGACCCUUUUAACGAGUGGGCGGACGGGACCUGGAACAGCAGGAAGAAGGACUGUGUGCGCAUGAGUGAGAUCUUCGGAUACGACUGGCAGCCGGUGCCGUGCAACACGAGGUCGUCUUACAUCUGCGAGUACCCUGUCGUGCCGCCUACAGAUACCCCAAACACAACUCCAGGAGUUAUUGAACGUUGUGAAGAGGACACCUGUAACCAGGGCGGCAUCUGUAUAGACGGAGAGACGUCCUACAGGUGCUACUGUCUGCCGGGGUAUUUGGGGGAACACUGCGAGACAGAAACGGACGAAUGUGACCCCGACCCGUGCCAGAACGGCGGCGUCUGCACGGACGGUCAGCUGUCCUACACCUGUACAUGUCCGCAUGGGUUCGCGGGCGUCAACUGUGAACUGACUUGCCCCUCCGGAUUCCGGCUGUUCGGAGAUCAGUGCUACUGGUUCUCUCCCACAGCCGUGAGGAACGUCGUGGCGACUGCAGAGACAGACUGCGACGCUAGGGGCGCUCGCCUGGCGUGCGUGAAGAGCGAGGAGGAGCACAACUUCAUCAAGAUGACCAUCGCUACCACAAACCGCAGGCCCCACUAUAUCGGACUGAGUGACCGGGCGGUGGAGGGCACGUUUGUUCACAGCGACGGGACAGCUCUGGGCAGCUUCCGGCCUUUCCGUACGAACAGCAACGUGAACAACCACUGGAAGGACUGCGUUAUAAUGUGGCCCUCGUCGUCCUACCAGUGGCUCUACUACUCCUGCAAUUCUCGCAGGAACUACGUCUGCCAGAGAGGAGACCCCUACUCGUUGCCUCCUAUUCAGGCGUUCAGUAUAAAAGAGCGACUGUCGCGAUACGCUUGCCAGAGGAACAUUCGCCAAGCGACAGUCAGCUUGGAACCGCCAAGAACACAGGACGACCCCGCACACAGGGCAGCGCAUAGGAAGAGACAAGUCUACUCUACAACACAUCAAGAAGUUGGGCGAAAACAUUUCCGAAGAAGCACCAAGCACCCUCGGCAACAAGUGAAGACUAUGUUGGGGACACGGGGGAGGGCCGUACUGCUCCUGUGGGCAGCACUGACCAUCCAGCUGAUUUGUCACCAAGCAGUCGCACAUGAAUAUUCCGACAUGGAUUCGUCACCUGACGAGACAGCUUCUACAAUAACCGAGGAUGUCAUCAAAGCAGAAGUUGUGAAGGGCGACAUAAACUCCUUGCAGCUCGGCAAACCUGUGGACAGUGAAUACAGGGGCACUGGAGCCAAAGCCCCCCUGCCAGGAGAGAAGCUGAUCCUAGUGGCCGAUCCAACAAGCGGGACCAUAACUCGGCUCACCACGUCAAAUGAUAACAAUUUUUCAGCGGGUAGGUACACCAUCGGUGGUGGUGUACAUAAGAUGACAGCCGUUGAUUACGAUAAAAAGGGGGAUUAUAUUUAUUGGACCAGCGUGAACGGAGCGAAUAGCCAGGUUGGCCGAUCUCCUUAUGGGGCUGGACCAGGAAAUAGACUUGAUGGAGAGGAAGCAUCCGAACCGGCAGGUAUCGCAGUGGACGUGAUCUCCCGGAACCUGUACUGGACAGACGCCGGAACAAACCGGAUCGUCGUCUCCCGGCUGGACGGCAGCUUCAGGAGGUCACUCAUCACCACGGGGCUGGUCAAACCCAGGGCGAUCGUAGUGGAUCCAACCGCUGGGUGGAUAUACUGGAUCGAAUGGGGAACCCGGCCUACGAUUAAUCGUGCGCGAUUGGACGGUAGUCAGAGAUCUGUGAUUGUCAACAUUGGAUUUGGUAGGCGGCCCACAGGACUGGCUCUGGACGCACCAGCAAACCGGAUAUUCUGGUGCAUCGGGAGUACUGGUCAGAUCUUUACCUCUGAAGUGACUGGCAGCAACGCCAGGAGGGUCUUCACACACGCAGACAGCAGCCCGUCCAUGUCCGGCAUAGCCGUGGAUGAGGGGUACCUGUACUGGACAGCGACUAACUUCGAUGGCAUUCAUACGAUCGGCAAGUCACUGCAAAGCCACACAUACGGCUCGGUCGGCGGCUUAGGCCUAACAGACCCGCAAGGCAUCGUCGUCAGGGCAGCCUAUAACACCCCAAGUCUACCAAAUGCCUGCUCGGCGUCUAACGGGAACUGUGCUCAGCUGUGUCUCCCCGUCCCCGGCGGAGGGCGGACCUGCACGUGUCAGGACGGAUGGAGCCUUGUGUCCGAUGGAACGUCCUGUUAUGAUAACCAUGAACUUACCAGUUGCCAAGGGUCCUGCCCCUUGUCUGACAUCACCGAGGCCAGCUGUGUUGACGGGUUCUGCGAGUGCUCGGGUGAAAACUACCAGCGAUACACCUGCCUACCGGUUGUCGGGAGCUGUGAGAUACGAUGGGAUUCUUCAACUGCCCAGGCCGCGGCUUUACAUGAUUCUGAACUGAGAAAGACCUUCAGCUGCGUCGCUGAUGACAACAACCAGUACGAAGUGCACGUACUGGCCGUGUACGAGGGGGUCGGACCUAGCAGUGAAACGGGGACAGCUGAGAUGGACGUGAAGUUCAGAACCGGCAGCGUCUCCAAACCUCUGGUCCUGGUGCUGAGCUCGUACGAACCGGUCAACUGGGUGCUCCACCUAGCGGAGGACGUGGAAGUGCACAAAGUGCUUCUGAUUGCAUAUGAUAUCGACCAGAGUGACGUGACUGUGCAGAGUGGCUCUGUGAAGGAGGUGCAGCGCGUGUCAGGUGGGACAGGGGGCGCUCCUGCCUGUGCUUACGGGAAGGACGACGGCGACUGUAGGACUGUCGAGAUGCUGAAGUACAUCGGAAGAGAGUUUGGCCCCGUCUCUUCUUUCACUGGCAGAUACAACGCAAGCGGAUGGAACUUGAAAAUAGGCCAAGCCAAGCAGUGUCCAGCCUUGACCGCCCCAACUAACGGAAGGUUUGAUCCUGCGUAUAACGGAGAGACAUCCUACAGGACCAUCGUCUUUUUCUUCUGUGAUACGGGAUACGUGCGGAACGGCAGUCUUUGGGCGUUUUGCCACUAUAACGGAACAUGGGAUGAUCCUGUCCCAACAUGCACACCGAUCCAAUGCCCAACGCUGACUGCCCCAGCUAAUGGAGCACUGAGUCCUACCGGAGCGAGCUCCUACCAGAACAGGGUCACCUUCACCUGUAACUCGGGAUACCGACUGUUCGGGGCCGCUAGUGUGACGUGCCAAGCGGACGGAACAUGGAGUGGAGAUGUUCCAGUAUGCGCAGUAUCCUGUCCGACGCUGACAGCUCCGGCGAAUGGAUAUCUAUACGGAGCGAACCUCUACCGAAUGUCGGUUACCUUCCACUGUAACUCCGGAUACGUACGAAAUGGCUCUCUUGUUACGACAUGCCAAGCUGACGGAACUUGGACUAAUGCUGCUCCAACAUGCACACCGAGACAAUGCCCAACGCUGACUGCCCCAACGAAUGGAGUACUGAGUCCUACCGGAGCGAAGUCCUACCAGGACAGGAUCACCUUCACCUGUAACUCGGGAUACCAGCUGAACGGGGUCUCUAGUGUGACUUGCCAAGCGGACGGAUCAUGGAGUGGACGUGUUCCAACGUGCACAGCAUCGUGUCCCACCCUGACGGCUCCAUUAAACGGAGCGGUGAGCUCUACCGGACCACACACCUACCGGGACAACGUCAGGUUCAUCUGUAACCCCGGAUACCGACUGAACGGAGCCUCUAGUGUCACAUGCCAAGCUGACAGAACGUGGAGUCAUGCUGUUCCAACGUGCUUCAUGCAUUAUUAUAAUAGUACUGGAAACUCGGCCGCCAGGGGUCGCCUGUGCACGGACGUCCUGCUGUGGGCCCUGCUGACCGCCAUGCUGGUGAGCAGGUGGGAGUGAACCGUGGAGGGCGGAGGAUCUGUAAACAACUGAAACUGUGCUAAAAAGACAGUUACUCAAGCAA